CAAUGAAUGGUUGUUGUUUGCUCGGGCGUUAGGGCUGUAGUUGCUGCUGCUGUGUAUCCGAUGACGGUUCAUUGGGGCGCGCAAAGAGAAGCAGCAGCGGGUAUUACAGAAAAAACAAUCGCUAGCUUCUGAACAGAAUCACUGAUAGCGUCUCAAAUGAUAUUCGUUUCUGUCCUACUGUAGUUAGUAUCGCCAGGGUAAUACCGGUAGUAGUGAAUGGUUACUACACUACUAUACUAGUACUUGCUUCUCCAGCCAUCAUCUAUCACCAGCGCUACCAUCCCUACGGUAUCAGCAAGAUGUAGACCGCUUAGGCGCUAUAGGAAUACUGAAGUGAAGACCAGUUCAGCAUGUCUCGUGAACUUCACGUGAGUGUGAUCGCAGAUCCGCUGUUGUCGGAGGAAACAAGAACCGAACUGAAGCACCUACACGACUUAUUCCUGGGUUUGACCGGUUCUGCUGUGCAGCGGCAGAAGGUUCUCCAGAGUGGGCCGCAAGGCAAUGCACUCACCACAUCGCUAGUGUCUCGUCUUCUAGACUGGGUACAUGAAGAGGAUGCGGUGUGCGGUAUGCUGGACAAAGCUAUCCACCAGUACUGUGCUGAUGUCGGCGAUGAACGCCAUGCUGCUCUCAUGGGAGUACUGGCUACGCGUCUGGUGCUGAGCUUCAGUGAGCUUGAUAUUCCUGCAUGCAUUGCAUCGUGUAUUCUCGUUCAAUUCGGUCGCCAGCUGGAAGAGUAUCUGCUGUCACCAUCAUGUGAAUGCCGUGUGCGACUUGACCUGAGCAAUACGGACAUGCUGCUGAAUCUGGUCAACACUGCACUGAGCAGUGUGCACGCGUGCGGGUUUGGUGGUGACGAAAGGCAGGCACUGUGUCGGAACCUGUUGAAGGUGUUUUUCAUGUGCCAAGCAGACCUGCAGCCUCAGUGCCCAGAGACGAGUUUACUCCAGGACACACAGCAGCGAAUACAUGUGCUGGCGUUUGAAGACAACCCAUGUGGCAGCACCGUGUACCCGGGCCUGUUGGUAUCGUCCUCCAGCAUCGUUCCCCGCGGUAUGGAGAGCACCGAGCAGGUCAGGGCACUGGCAAAGUGGCACCACACGCGCAGUCGUCAGCUCGGCAUCAAUCAUCGACUGAAUGUGGUCACUGUCAGUGUGUCGCUCGCAGCUGAUGCACAAGAUCUGACAGCAGGCAUUGGCCUGGAGGUGUGUGAUGCUGCAGGCAGUGCCAGUGGCAUGCUGGAGUCCGGAGCGGUGCAUUACCUGCUUGCCUGGGCUGCGCAGCUGACUAAGUUGGAUGUGUGUGUGGUGUUGUGCCAGCGCUGCAUUCACCCUAUGCUCAAACAGUUCUUCCUUGAACAGGGCAUCCUGGCUGUCGAUCGCCUGGGAGCGGAGCUAUUCUCGCUGGCUUGCUGGCUGACUGGUGGCCCGGAAAUAACCAGUAUUCAGCAGAGUGUAGGACAUGGCAGUGUUGGCAAGCUAGCCUUCAUAGAGCACAUUUCUGUUCACGAUGCAGGAUUCUGGCAUUUGACCGGUGUGCCGAGUGACACGUCAGUUGCUACUCUAGUGCUGGUCUCUCCCAUGACUACAGCAGCACUUGCGGACCUGAGGCAGUGCUGCAAAUCUAUCUGGAGGAUGCUUGAUGGCAGCUUUAGCAGUCAAUGUGUUCUGUACGGAGGUGGCUGUACGGAGUGGCAUCUUCUACAGUACAUCGCGCGCAUGGCUAGCAAGCCGUCUGCAGAUGAUCUGGCUGAUCUCAAGUCCACACCAGGCCAGUACAAGAGGUGUCUGGAAACUUUCCUUCAGUGCCUACUGCAUCUGAUCUCUGUGCAGACACCUGCGCAGUGCAGCCUUGCGCAUUGGCCGAACGAUGCGAGUCACGUGUUCAGGCUACGUCAUGAUGAUGUCAUGGCUGAACGAGAUGAUGUCGCUCGGAAUCAUUGGACUAGGGUUAGAUGCAACUGUGGUGCCGUAGCAAGGACCCUUACAGACUUGCUUGUUGUGGAUUGUGUGUCGGAUGUAUGGACUAGUGCCAGCCACAUCGCGGCAUCAAACGGGAAAGUAGAUGAUACACGUUACAGGGACUUGCUGGUAACCCAGCCGAAUGGAGUAGCAGGUAGUUCACCACCUGCUCAGACUCAUCCUGGUGUUGUUAAUGCUAGCGGUGGUGCUAGUAGUAUUGGUGAAGGUACUGCUCCGUUUCCUACGCCAUUUGAACAAGUACUUCCCAUGCGACCUACAUGCGCUGAGUGGGACUAUUUCUCCGGAAAAGUUGCCAUGCUGAGGUCUAGCAUUGACAUUGCAGCUGCAACUGUGCGCAUUGGCACUAUAGUGCAGGAGUUGUAAUAAUGCCGUACAUAUUAUUCACACAUUUUGAAGACUAUUAAAUUUUAUUGAGUGAGAUUUUGCUAUUUUAAAACCAACAAGCUGUUGUCCCGUGUCGUCACACCUCACUCAGCUCUCACUCAGCUCUCACUUCCCACCGCCGCCGGACAGUGCAUGCACACCGCUGAAAUAGCCAGAAAUGCUAUUGGUUAGAACAAGAGUUCAUAACCCCCAGGGGUUAUGAACUCUUGGUUAGAAUCAUCUGCUUCCGAAAGUUGAUUGAUUUGCAGUGCUCAAACGGAUGGACGUUGGCGGUAUAUUACCGUAUCUAUUUUUCAUUGCUUCUCAGUUUCAUCUCCACGACAAUUGAAGUUGUAGAAGGCAUUGACACUCCAUUUUUUUUGUUCAGUGUCUACAUUAUUCUAGAGGCGCUAGAGUCAUGUCAGACUGAUUAUUUUGAUGAUGAGCAGCAUUGGCUCACAGCACCCAA